GAUAAGCUAAACCAAUUACCCAAACAGAUCAUUUCCAGUUCCAGAAACUACCACGAUUCGCAAACCCUAAUUCAAAUCAAAUUCACCGGAGACUUUUCACACGCGCCAUGGCAUCCGCCGUAGGAGGAGGCAGCGACGUAGAGGUCGGAUUCGCGAAGCUCCAAGGCGAGGAUUUCGAGUACUACAUGCAGUCAUACUCCAUCAUGCUCGGCCGCAACUCCAAGAAAUCCACCGUCGACGUCGACCUCUCCUCCCUCGGCGGCGGGAUGAACAUCUCCCGCAACCACGCGCGGAUCUUCUACGACUUCACGCGGCGCCGAUUCUCCCUCGAGGUCCUGGGGAAGAACGGCUGCUUCGUCGAAGGCGUCCUGCAUCUCCCCGGGAACCCUAACGUGAAGCUAGACUCGCAGGAUCUGUUGCAGAUUGGGGAUAAGGAGUUUUACUUUUUGCUUCCGGUUCGGAGUAUCCUGGGCGGGCCGGUGGGGCCCAGGCAUCAUGUCUCUGGAGGAGGAGUGGUUCCGUACCAGAGUUAUCAUUCGGGUGGGGGCUCUAAGAAGAGUGGGAGGAGUAGAGAGUUUUAUGAUGAUGAUGAUGAUGAUGAAGACGAGGAGGAGGAGGAUGAGGAGGUUGUUAGGGGGAGUGGGAAGAAGAUGAGGAGAGAUGAAUAUGCUUCCACUGAGAAGAAGAGAGAGGGGAGAGGGAAGAUAGAUCGUGAAGCUGAUGAUCAGCAAGUUUUGCUUCUGGAGGAGAAGGAUGUUGUGUCAUCUGUUGCAACUGUGCUUUCUGAUUUGUGUGGUCCUGGAGAUUGGAUGCCUAUGGAGAAACUUCACUCGGUGAUAUUAAAGAAGUAUGGAAACAUAUGGCAUCACAGUCGAGUAAGAAGGUACUUGGCGCAAGAAGACUGGGCAAUCCCUGAAGCAAAUGGUAAACCAUGGUACGGGUUGUUGAUGCUGCUGAGAAAAUACCCGGAGCAUUUCGUAAUCAACACUAGAUCCAAAGGAAGAGUUACGCUAGAAUUUGUAUCCCUCGUUUCCCUACUCUCAUGAAAAACUGUAAUCACCAACAUGAAUGUGCUUUGUUCUGCUAGAUUGAGGAUUAUUGUUAUAUCUUUUGAUUGUCUCCCACGAACUGAGUGUAUAAACGGGGUCGCUUAAGCUUUUCUACCUCAUCUUCACAUUAUCUUGACAAUGAAGUUAAAAUUUAAAA